AUGCAUCGUCUCCGAGCUUCAGCUACCUUCUGGCAAUUGCCAAGGGCCUUAUUAUACUCUACCCCGCGCCGUAACUUCAUAGCUACCCCGAGUAGGUUCAACAGCCCCGUAGAGCCAGACUCUCACGACAAAUUGGAAUCUCUCGCCCCAGGAAUUGACCAUCCACUUCCCAUACCACAAGACCCCAGCAACUCUAAGGGGGACGUGCCAGACCUCACCCCCGAGGUGGUGACAAGAAAAACCCAUGGGAAUGGCAUCCUAAAAGUGGGCAAAAAAGAGUCGAUCUGGACUGGAAAAGAGGAAUUGUACUUGCAUAUGGACAAAUACACAACACUCAAAUUGCCAUAUACUUACCUGCGCGAUUCAUGCCAGUGUGUAGUGUGCAAGGAUCAACACUCGAAGCAGCGCUCAUUCCGCACAAGUGACAUUCCCAAGGACAUUGUUCCAAGCUGGGUUAAUUGGGAUGGGAACAAGCUAUCAAUCCGGUGGGACAAAGACAUUGGGGGGUCACAGACUGUACACGAAUCAACCUGGGCCCGUGACUUUCUAAAGAAUCCCAUUUUCAACACUCAUGAUCAGCAUCGGAGCGUGAACUCCAAACCGAUCAUGUGGGGACAGGCUAAAAUGGAGAAAAGUCAACAUUGGGUGUCUUACCCGGACUAUAUCACCGAUAAUUCCAAACUUGCCACUGCGAUGCACCAGUUGCAGCGUCUGGGCCUUAUUUUUGUGAAGGAUGUUCCAGACUCACGAUCGAUGGUUGAAGCCAUUGCAACACGAAUGGGACCACUACGAAACACCUUCUACGGAUCAACAUUCGACGUGCGCACCGUCCCAGAGGCAACAAAUGUCGCAUAUACAAACCAGUUCCUUGGGUUUCACAUGGACUUGAUGUAUAUGAACGAGCCACCCGGAUACCAACUCCUCCACUGUCUGCAGAACUCCUGCUCGGGAGGCGAGUCACUGUUCGCCGACACAUUUUCGGCCGCGAAACUCAUGAAGGAGCAAUACCCAAAAGAGUAUCAAGUGCUAAGCGAGCAGCGGCUGGGGUACGAGUACAGGCACGAGGACCACAUCUACUACAACGAACGACCCGUCUUUGAGCAUGAUUCCGACACAGACGAGCUGCGCCAUGUCAACUAUUCGCCCCCCUUUCAGUCUCCCCUCCCGAAUAGCCAUGAUGCUGAGCAUGUGAACAAGCUACUAGAUGCGCUUGCGAAGUUCACUUCGAUUAUUGAUAAUCCAAAUAGCAUCUUUGAGCUCAAGCUUAACCCGGGUGAUUGUGUCAUCUUUGAUAACAGAAGAAUCGUUCAUGCCCGCCGCCAAUUCAAUGCCAGCGUGGGGUCUCGAUGGUUAGCAGGCGCAUAUGUCGAUACGGAUGCUCUGCUAUCCCGCUUUGCUGUCUGUAAGAAUCAGCAUCCGUAUGUUUGGACGAAAAAGGCACAGAAAGAGUUGGCGGGUAACAAUAGUGGCAACAACUAG